CAAUACCUUUUCAACCUCAAAACCACCAUUAAAAAACCUCACACAAACCACGCACAAACAAAAAUAUUAGUCGGCGCAGGUUCAACAUCUACAUAUAUAAUCACAAAAUCUCAUUUUUAUCAGUCCAAAGAAUAAGAAAACAUGAAGAGAGCAGUAGAAAAUGAAGGAGAAGAAUUUAAAGGGGUGGUUAGUCUUGAACUACUGAAGAAAAAAAUGGCUGAUUUUGCAAAAGAAAGAGAGUGGGAUCAAUUCCAUACUCCAAGAAAUCUCCUUUUAGCACUGGUGGGUGAAGUGGGAGAAUUGUCUGAAAUAUUUCAGUGGAAAGGUGAGGUCCCAAAAGGCCUACCAAAUUGGGAAGAAAAAGAGAAGCAGCAUUUAGGUGAAGAGCUCUCAGAUGUAUUGCUUUAUCUUGUCAGGCUUUCAGAUAUCUGUGGCAUUGAUCUUGGUAAAGCUGCACUCAGAAAGCUUGAGCUUAAUGCCAUUAAAUACCCUGUUAGCCUUUCCAAAGGUUCAUCCAAAAAGAGUACUACUCUUUUGUGCAAAAGUACAACAACAACCUCCACCAACAUCAACAUCAACAAUGAGAGUGAAAAUGGUGUGACUGAUGAUGCUGCAUGAUCUUAUUUAAUUUCUUUUGUCUAUUGUUUUUUUUUUCUUUUUCCUUUUUGAAGGAAAGUUUUGGCAUAACUGGUAAAGUUGCUGCCGUGUGAUCAAGAAGUCACGAGUUUGAGCCGUGGAAACAACCUUUUUGCAGAAAUGUAAAGCUAGGCUCCAUACAAUAGACUCUUAUGGUCCCCCUUCCCAAAUUCCCUGCCCGCAUCGCAGAAGCUGAGUGCACAAGACUGCCGUUUAUUAGCGUCUUUUUUUAGUUUCUUAGACUUGCUAUGACACCUACUAGUUUUGGUACUAAAGUGGGAUAAAAGUGUUGAUAUGAGGUAAAAGUUACCAAACUUUGGUUUUUACCUUGUGCACGUUCCCUUUGACUCAUGGUUAAUACUAUAUUUUCUCAGACAAAUGUGUUGAGAUUUGUGUAUUACUAGUACUAAUAUAGUUGGUUUUAUGCUUUA